CUGACGUCAUCACGCUGCGCCUCUCCCGGAAGUCUCGGUCGGAGCCAAAAUGGCGCGGCAGCGGCAGCUGUUGGUUUUGGUUUUGGUUCGGGAAAUAAACGUUAAACGACUAGUACCGUGAUUGGACCGCAGUGACGUGACCGGGGAGAUCACAGGGACCCCAGCCUCGCGUCAGGACGCGCGUGCACCCGUGGUGAUGGCGGAGCGGCAGGCCGACUGCGGCUGGAAGAGACACAUCUCAGACCAGCUGAAGCUCAGGGACAGAGUUCAGAGACACACCUUCGAGGAGAUCGUCCAGCAGUACAAUCGGCUCUUGGAGAAGUCUGACCUGCAGGCCGUCCUCACUGAGAGAUACCAGACAGAGAAGUAUGACGUUCAGAGAGGACAUGAGGCCAGCUCCCUGGACGCGUCCCGCAGCGACUCCUUGCACCAGGAAAUGUCCCAGAUGAGGAUUCGCCACCAGGAGGAGCUGACCGAGCUGCACAAGAAACGAGGCGAGCUGGCUCAGACUGUGAUCGAACUCAACAACCAAAUCCAGCAAAAGGAUCGAGAGAUCCAGAGCAACGAGGCCAGGAUGUUGGAAUACCAGCAGCAGAUCGCCGGUCUGGAUGGAGACUGCCGGGAUCUGAGGAGCAGCCUGCAGGUACGACUCCAUGAAGUUAAUUUGGUGAUCAUCCACCAGUGGAAACACGAAUCGGCGCCCCCUGGUGGCGAAUCGUUCUGUUUGUUCAGCAGGAAAACGUCCCAGCAGCCUCAGAGCGGGCUCCUCGACUCCAUCUCCAACAUCUUUGGGCGUCGGUCGGCGAACUCCUUCGGCACGUCUCCAGAAACCACCGAGCCGCCGUCGGGAGGCUGCGCGGAGGUCCGGGUGCCGACCACGGCGCUGCACGUCUUUGAAGCUCACGAUGGAGAGGUGAACACUGUCCGGUUCAGCCCCGGCUCCCGUCUCCUAGCAACCGGGGGGAUGGACCGCAGGGUGAAGCUGUGGGAGGUGGUGGCAGGUCGCUGUGAGGCUAAAGGAGCUCUGACCGGCAGCAACGCAGGAAUCACCAGCAUCGACUUCGACAGCGCCGGCUCCUACCUGCUCGCUGCGUCCAACGACUUCGCCAGUCGAAUCUGGACUAUGGAUGACUACAGACUGAGGCACACCUUGACGGGUCACAGCGGGAAGGUUCUGUCUGCUCGAUUCCUGUUGGACAACGCCCGCAUCGUGUCUGGGAGCUACGACCGAACGCUCAAACUGUGGGACCUGCGCAGCAAAGUCUGUACGUCAUCGGUCACACCUGUCCCCUCCUGUCUGCUCACCUGUCUCCACCUGUCUCCACCUGUCUGCUCACCUGUCUCCACCUGUCUNNNCACCUGUCUCCUCACAUGUCCCCUUACCUGUCUCCUCACCUGUCUCCACCUGUCCCCUCACCUGUCUCCACACCUGUCUCCACCUGUCCCCUCACCUGUCUCCUCACCUACAAACGUGAGCGAAAACGCCAGAAACUUAAAGAUGGCGCCUUUAAUGACCAGUUCAGUGACUCUUCAUCACAGCUGUUAUCACAGUCAUCAUCAUGAUGUGGACUCUGUGUGUGUGUUCAGUGCUCAGGGGUUCAAAUGUGGAGCCGACUGGACCAGAGUCACCUUCAGUCCUGACGGUAGCUACGUGGCCGGUGGGUCAGCAGAUGGCGCUCUCUACGUCUGGAACGUCCUGACAGGGAAACUGGACCGGACUCUGGACCGAAACCACAGCUCGGCCAUCAACUGUGUGUCCUGGUCGCCGUCGGGAACGUACGUCGCCAGCGUGGAGAAGGGCAGCAGAGCCAUCCUGUGGUCUGACAUGUGAUUGGCCGGAGCCCAGGAAGGGGGCGGAGCCAACACGGCCGGCGCUCUGGACUCCUGAUGAAGCUGCUGAGGAGCUUUUAAUGUUCAGUUGUUUUAACUGUGACAGAAGAAGAGCUGGCUCUGAGCGCCACCUGCUGGUUGACGGUUGAAUGGACAGCUGAUGAAGGCUGAGGAUGAGGAGGAGACGACGUGUUGUUGGAAACAGGAAGUUCUUCUAAACAGAUGAAGAUUAAAGACUCUGAGAGUGAA